AUGACCACCAAAAAUCUUGCAGGGCCCUCCAGACUAGCGCACACAUCUAUCAAUGCAUCUACUCCCUUGCGAAAGAAACGUGUCUAUCGCGAUGAAGAUAUCAUCGACCUCACAACACCAUCUCCUUCGCCCCCGCAGCGGCGACGUGUGCUGCCGAACCCUUCAACACCUAUCAUCAUAGCCAUGGAAUCGGAAGAAUCGUCGGAUGAGAAUAUUUACCCACCCUCUGCACCUAUACUUCCUCCCGAUAACGUCAAACAUCCUACCAAACCCAAGCCAAUCGCAAGCAAUUACGGAACCACAAAUACCAAGGCGAAGAGUUCACUACAGAAGCCCGCAACCACCCGAUCACGACCAACAUCUAAGCCUGAAAUUUCAAACUCGCCAUUGUACACAUAUACAGAAUAUACGCCACGCCCUGUUGUCCUUUAUCUUCGUACGGAGGAAGAAGUCGACGAGGCUUUAGAGGGAUUAGACGGUCCUCUAGGCUUCGAUUUAGAAUGGAAGGUAUCUAGAGGACGUGAACGCCCAGCAGCCUUAGUUCAGCUGAGCGACGCGUCCAUGAUCUUGCUUAUACAAGUCACUGCUAUGCCUCGGUUUCCUCCUAAUCUGAAGGCCGUGAUCGAGAACCCCGCGAUCCCGAAGCUGGGCGUAAACAUCCGCAACGAUGGAAUGAAGCUGUAUCGAGACUACGGUGUACUGGCCCGCAACCUUGUUGAACUUGGAGCACUUGCGGGCGCGGCGGACUCACGGUUCGCUGCCGCUUAUAAUCGACCAAUAGUCUCGCUCGCCAAGGUCACCGCCUGGUACAUGCAUCGAACGCUCAGUAAGGGCCCUGUACGAACAAGCGACUGGGAGCGUCCCCUGAGUCGAGAGCAGGUACAAUAUGCUGCAAACGACGCACAUUGCGCUAUCAUGAUAUACAAACGCAUCAUGGCUAUUGCCCGGAAGGAGAAUAUUACUCUUGAUCCUACGUCAUUCUCGUCUGACCUGGCGAAGGAGCUUGAACCACCACCAUCUGCCGCCAUCCCUGAAUCACCCUUUGAGGCCGCGGCUACUGCUGCGGCUCCCACCGCUGCCAAACCUGCAUCUCGCGCAACAACAGGCUUGAAAGUCAAGCCCCAGCACCUUCGUGCAUAUAAUCUCUGGCGCGAGGGGCACGGUCUACUCGACAUCUGCAUCAAACUUCGUAGUCGUGCAAACCCGUUGCGCGAGAGUACUGUCAUUACAUACGUUGUCACCGCACUCGAGACGGACCCGGAGCUACCAUUUUCAAUGACACGCUUGCAAACGCUGGUGAAGGGUGAAGCCGGCAGCUGGCAUCGACAUCGCGACACGAUUCUAGCUAUGGGCGAGGCCGGACGUGGUCAAGAUCAAGCCCAUCAUUGA